AUGUCGUUCGACGAAAAGUACGAGCCCCCAGAGGCAUCGCAGGCGGCAGUGGAGAAGCUUGCCGAGGCCCCGGGCCCGUCGCCGCCACCACCGCUUGAGCGAGUAGCGUCCCAGACGUACAACUACGGCGCGCCGGGGACAAUGGAGCCGCACGCGGGCACGGGGCUGAGUCUCGUCGAGUCCUCGUCGGGGCACAGGCCGCAGCACCAGUAUCUGUGGAAACGGCUUGCGAAGCCGCUCCCCCUGCCUUCGAAGGCGCGGUACAAUGUCAUGAUCGGCACCCUCUUCCUCGUCAUGUUCCUCGCGGGGUGGAACGACGGCAGCCAGGGCCCCCUCCUCCCGAGCCUGCAGCGGUACUACGGGAUCAACUAUUUCGUCGUGUCGCUGAUAUGGAUGUUCAACGCGCUCGGCUUCUUCUUCGCGGGCCUCUCGAACGUGUACCUGACCGACUGGUUCGGGUUCGGGAUCGUCUGCCCCUUCGGCAGUGGGAUGCAGGUGCUCGCCUACGUGCUCAUCUGCUGGGGCGGGCCGUAUCCGCUGUUCUGCUUCGCGUUCGUCCUGAACGGCUUCGGGCUGGGCCUGCAGGACGCCCAGGUCAACACGCUCGCGAGCCGCCUGCCGCGGCACGCGAGCACGAUCAUGUUCCUCCUCCAUGCCAUGUACGGCCUGGGCGCGACCGUCGCGCCGCUCGUCAGCACGCAGUUUGUCAAGUCCAUGGACCAGCACGUUUAUUAUUACUACUGCGUCUCGCUUGGCCUUGCGUUCUUCACCAUGAGCGCGCUGAUUGUCGUCUUUGGGUUGAGGACGGAGGACCAGAUCCUCGGCCCGCGGGCUGAGGAGGAGGAGAAGACGACGACAGUGGCCGUCGAGACGGACGCCGCGGUUCCGAUCGAGACGGCCCUCGCCGAACCCCCGACCCUGGGCGAGCACCCGACCACCACGACGAGCACGACGGCGAACGACGAGGAGCGCGUCGUUGGAAUCUCGGAGAAGGAGACAAGGAAGGCUUCGCCGCCGCCGGUCUCGAGCACCAGGAGCGCUACGGCUCCAAGCCCGAGCACCGAAAGAGAUGCUUCGCAGAAUCGGCCAGUCAGGGACAGCCCACCGUACGCAGAGUUGCCAGAGGCCCCGUGGGUGCGCAACACCUUGGCACCACCUUAUCUGAGAAUCAUGGCCAUGUCCACAAGCUCGUCAGUUAUCAACCAGCACUUCUCUGGGUUUCAACCUUGGAUAGGGUGCAGAUCUAUGUCUGAUCUUGCCACCUUUCAAAACUCACUGCAAACGGACUUCUUCAUGGCUGUUGCCAGCAAGUUGAAGCUGAACGGUGCAGCUGUAACUUCGCCGUUGAAGUCCCUGACUGGCCGAUUCUGGCAUGCUGGCCACAGGGCUGGCCGAUUCUAUGAAAUUUCUCCAGCCCAGGUGGACUGA